CUGGUUCACGACGCCAUGCCAAGUCACUUCUUGGCUGGCAGAGAGUCCUUGUUGUGCAUGCAUAGUACGAAGUGUGUUGUAUGGAGUACAUAGAUGGAUAUUCUGUAUGGUGAGGUGUGAUGCAUGUGUCACGGUCAGGAGAGCUGGGGAGCGAGGGAGCGAUGCAGGAGAGGGUGGGCUGCAGAUCAGAGCAGGAAGGCGAAUCUAGGCGGGCUGAUGCAUGGAGAUUACAUAGAUGGUGACAGGGCAUUGUUUCUGCCUCUACUUGGCUGGGCUGCAACUCCUGGGUAGGAGAGGGAGAGGGAGAGAAGGGUAUGACGUUCUCCUAGUGGCUGCCGGCAAAGGGGAACACGAGCGGACAAGGUCCAAGUUGAGGGCGCCCUGCAUACGGGGACUAGGCUAGAGGCAUGAAGGGUGAUGAGGGUUAUUGACGGCAUGCGGAUAUGUAUAGACAAUGGGGUAGGUGGUAUACGAGGAGCUCCAAUUCGUGCAGUGGUCGACUGAAUUGGAGUAGUGGCGUGUGGGGGACGGCGCGGGCCCCCAGCGCCUUGGUGGUUUGGACGAUGCAGUCUGCCCGAGCAUCCACGCAGGCUCGGAUUAUGCUCUGGCGCGCCAGAACAUGUCGUGUGCGUGAUGCUUGGCUAAGGAUAGACUGUAGGGGGAAGCUUGAGUUUGCGUUUGUCAGGGGUGGAUAUGGAUGGAUGGAUGGAUGGAUGAUUACUAUACACCUAGUAAGUAGACAGCAGAUGGAGUCCCGUCGCGUGCAUGCUUGUUCCUCGACGCUGCUCGCCGGCGCAUGCGCACGGGCGGUCAAAUGAUCGGGGACUCAG